GUUCAACUGAAUCUGAAAGUGAAAGAGUUAGUGACAGAGCAGUUUGAACGGGUAGGUUGUAUGACACUUCUGCUCUGCAGUUCAGCUGACACCGGAUAUUUAAAGUAGAAAGGAGAGAAAAUGGCAUUUCCAUGCAAAAAUGAGAUUAUCGUCCUUGGCGAAGCUCACAGUGCCGAUAUCAAACUGGGGUCUGAUGUCACUGUACUGUGUCCUCUGCCAUCUGAAAUCAAUGCUGCUGACGUAGACAUCAGGUGGUUUAAGGGAACAGACUGUCUGUGUGUCUAUAUAGAAGAACAGACGAUUGCAGGGGUGGGCUAUAAGGGCAGAGUGAAAUUGAUUAUGGAGAUGGAGAGAGGAAAUAUUUCAUUAGAACUGAAGGACUUCAGAGAGUCAGAUGUUGGAGAUUACCUGUGUCAGGUGGUCAGUGGAGGCAGAACAGAAAAGAAAACAGUAAGACUAUAUACUGCAUUUCUUCUGCCUGAGACUACCCCAGAACAGAACGAUGAAAUAAAAAUGGAAAAAUCUGUGUUAAUGGCAGUUAUCACAGAGCUGAAAGACACAAAACAGGAAUGCAAAAAAAAGGAUGCAGAAAUCGAAGAACUUAAAGCUGAAUGUCUGCAAACAGCUGAAGAGCUUAAGAAGAGAAACACACAACAGGAGAACAUGCACAAUCCAGCAAAAGAACUGAAUACCAAUGAAUUACAUCAAGAUAAUCUAGAAAGCAAAACUACAUCUCUGGAAAAACAACAGAACAUUGAAGUACUAAAAGUGUUCACUCAUUUUUGUGGAACCGCAAAUGCAUUGCAUAAAGUGCACCAGACCUUUAUUGACACUCUGGGAAAGAAAAAUCUGAAUCUGAGCAAAGUUGAUACCCUGGAUGAGAGUGAAGUCUUUAUGAUUUUUUGUCUCGUUUCUCAAAUGGAAACUGAAAUUGAUGGAGCACUUAAAAGAUUUGAAGGCGAAUCAGGCUCUAAGCUGGCUGUUCUAGUGGUGCUUUAUCCCAUGACUGGCCCAGAGAAACCGGUCCUAGACAACAGCAAGUAUAUCAACAGGACAGACAUACUCACAGUAGACUGUCUGUUCAAUGAGGAUACAGGAUUACUAAAGUGUCAGAAGAACUCAGAUGCACUUGACAAAGUUAUAAACUGCUUAAAAGAACGGGUAUUUAACAAGAGGGCAAAAGCAGGUGCCGACGUUUGUCCACCUCAAGACCCAGAUCAAGUAGGAUCACACAAUUCAACAAAGGAUGAAGUUGAAUCUGAAUCAGUCCAGAGAGAGCCAAUUUUCACAGAGUUGAAAGACGCAUCGGACGGUCUUGAAAAAACACAACAGGGAAAUGAAGAAAAAAAUGCACCGAUUGAACCGGUUAGAGCUGUGCAGCUGCAAACAUCUAAAGAGCCUGAGGAGGAAAACACACAACAAAAGAACAUGCACAAACUCUCAAAAGAGCUGGAAACCAGUGAAGUAAAUCAGGAUCCAGAUACCAAAUCUACACCUCUGGAAAUACAGCAGCUGAAUAUUGAGGAAGUAAAAAUGUUCACACUUUGUACUGGAAAUGCAGAUGCAUUGCAAAAAACACAAAAGGAAUUCAUUGGCAUUCUCCGAAACAAAAUUCCAAAUCUGAGGGAAGUUCACAGCCUGGAGGAGAGUAACCUUGCUUUGAUUUUCUGUCCUAAUGUUUCUGUAGCUGGACUAGACAUUGAGGCAGCACUUAAAAGAUUUGAAGACAGCAGAGGCUCUAAGCCGGCUCUUCUAGUGGUGCUUCAUCAUACGUUUGACUCUGAGAAAGUGGUCCUAGACAGCAGCCGAUAUGUAAAGAGGACAGACAUACUCACAGUGGACUGUCUGUUCAAUGAGGAUAAUGGUUUACUGAAGUGUCAGAAGAACUCAGAUGCGGCUCACAAAGCUGUGACCUGGUUAAAACAGCAGGAUAAGAGUGGAUCUAAACCAGUGCAAGCAAAAAGUCAGAGAAAGGAGGGUAACAAACCCAAGACAAAGGGUGUCAAAAUGUUCUGUAUAUCGGCUGGAAAUGUGGAUAACUGCUACCAGAAAUUUAUUGGCAUUUUAGAAAACAGAUUUAAAAGUCUGAGCAAAGUUCACACAGUGGAUGAGAGUGACGUAAUUUUGGUUUUCUGUCCUAUUGUUUCCCGAGCUGGAACUGACAUUGAUUCAGCACUGAACAAGUUAAAAUGCCAUACAGACUCUGAAAAGACUGUGCAGCUGAAGCCUACUGUUCUAGUGGUGCUUCAUCACACGUUUGACUCUGAGAAAGUGAUGCCAGACAGCAGCCAGUAUGUAAAGAGGACAGACAUACUCACAGUGGACUGUCUGUUCAAUGAGGAUACAGGAUUACUGAACUGUCAGAAGAAUUUAGCUGUGGUUCAAAAAGUUGUGAACUGGUUAAAUCUGCAGGUGAUGAAACAGGAAACUUCAGCAGACAACAUGACGCAGAUGACGCCUACUUCCUCCUGUGCGCUGAAUUAUUUUGUGAGUGUGACUGGAGAUGCACAGGAGCAUCACAAGCACUUCAUAAAUGCUCUACAGAAACGUAUGCAGCUGAGGAAGGUUCAAAGAGUGCAAGAGAGUGAUGUCAUUCUGCUCUUCUGUCCUGACAUCAUUGAACAUGGCAAGAAAUUAGACAAGCCUGUUGUUAUCAUUUCACUCAGUUAUACAGUGGAUCCAAUAAAUGCCAAAAACAUCAGUGGAUUUGAAUGCAGACGAAGUAUUUGCCCGGUGGAUUGUAUUUUCGUUAAGGGUGAAGGACUGCUGGAUUGCCAAAUAAACAAAGAAGAAAUGUCUGCAGUCUUAAACUUUUUCAAAAAAAAAAAGUGAUCACUGAGGAUGAGGAAUAGAGUCACUGAGGAUCAAUGCACACCUGUCACAGCUUUUUCAGUUUUUUUUUUUAAUCAGACAUGAUUGCAUGAUCGUCUCAGAUCUUUGUUUCACUGAUAUAUAGCAUGUGCUCAGUAGCAUGUACUGUAAUGCUAAUAAUGAACGUUCAUUAUAAAUUUCAUGUAAAAAUUUAAAUUUAGUAAGUAUAUUGUGUAUAGUGUCGACAUGUAACGCUGUUAUGCUUUGCGUCUCCCUAGUUAGAGUUUCGCUCAUUUCCUGAUCCCAUGCCUUUUCUCACCCACUUCACUUUAUAAAUUUGUAGGUAAGAGUAAUUAACUAUAGCCGUAAGUGAAAAUAUAAGAAUGCAGGUUCCUAGGACCUCGUUUAUAAAAUGUUUUAUAGAACCAUUCCUCACUGAUCCAAGAUCAUUUCUCAAAUGUGCGUUAUUCAUAGAAAUCUUAGAUCUCUUUGUAGGUGUGAAAUCUCAAGUGAUCUUGCAUUUGUCAGAUGAAAGUUAUUAGAUCUCUGGCUUGAAAAUGCUCCCUAAUUGAUGAGUUUAGGUCACCAGGUUUUAGGUCACUGGAGGACUGGUGUCUUGCAGAGUUUUAACUCCAACCCUAAUCAAACACAUUUUAGUAAUUUUUACUUUUGUACUUUAAUCAAAAACUUUUCUGAAUUUGUCCCAAACUGUUUGUCUGAUUUUCAACAAAAUCAACUCAUCUUUAGACGUAGCUGGCGAAAAAAAUUUGAACCAAACUUGAUUUGUUAUAAAGACGUGAGGGCACCUGAAUUUUUUUUUUGCCACAGCGCCACCUAGUGGUAAGAAGAUAUGAAAGAAAAUUGCUAAUUUUGCUUAUAACUUCAAUUGGAUUUUUGGUUUUGGCAAAAAUAUCUCCCUACCAGGUUUUCCCAUGUUGGUCAUUUGCUUGCAUUUCCCCCAAAAUAACACACAAGUAAUACCAUGGUAUGAGCUAUGCAUAUUUAAGAUACAUGUUAGGUAAUGGAUUGUUACACUGGAGCACUGUAAAAAGCACUCAAUGUGCUAUACUCCUGUAGGGUUUAAUAUAGGCUAGGUUCGAAUCUGGAAUUUUAAUUUAUUUUAAUAAAUCAACAGAUGGCACUUUUAACACACACACACACACAAUGAAGAAUUCCCAAGAUUAAAUGAAGAUGGUCUUGUUCCAGCCUACCACUAAAAAAGAAUAGUUUAAUGUUGAGUCCAGUGUUGUACUUAAGGAAGCAAAACAAAUAAAACAAUGUCUCAAUAGUC